AUGGGAAGACAACCUUGUUGUGAUAAGGUUGGUUUGAAGAGAGGUCCAUGGACUAUUGAGGAAGAUCAGAAGCUUAUGAAUUUCAUUCUCAACAAUGGUAUUCACUGCUGGAGAGCAGUUCCCAAGCUAGCAGGAUUGUUAAGAUGUGGAAAGAGCUGCAGAUUGAGAUGGAUUAAUUAUCUGAGGCCAGACCUCAAGAGAGGUGGACUUACUGAAAUGGAAGAGGAUCAGAUUAUACAGCUACAUUCAUGUCUUGGUAACAGGUGGUCUAAGAUUGCUUCCCAUUUUCCAGGGAGGACAGACAAUGAAAUCAAGAACCAUUGGAACACAAAAAUCAAAAAGAGGUUGAAGCUCCUUGGUUUGGACCCUUUGACCCUGAAACCAAUUGAGCAAAAGGAACAGUCUGGUGAUGACAAAAAUAAGGCAGACAUGAUUCCAAAAAGCACUUCGAAAGGGUCUGGACAAGGUGUGGAGACCAAGUCUUUGGACAUGCAUGCCACAGGAGAAGAGCCAAAAUCAGAAAAGAAAAUGGAAGAAAACAAGGUGAUGAUGACAUGGGAUGAUACCACUGGAUUUUUGAACAAUUAUGAAGUGUUAUGGUCACAGUUGGAGUUAGGAUCAUGGAUGAACCAAGAAACCAAAACCAGCACUAGUUCUUAUUGUAGUUCAUCUUCUUUCUCACUGGAUGAUUCUAGCAACCUUUCUGUGGGUGAAUCCUCUUACCUUCAAGAGAAUUCCUUGCACCAAUGGGUUGAUGGUUUUGAUUCCAUUCUGUCAUGGGAAACCUUCUGUCCUCUUGAGAAAGAUUUUUCCUUCUUGGAAAAUAGGCAAUAA